AUGACAUCUCAUGACACCCAGUUACCUGUUGCACCACCAACACCAACUCUAAAUAACAACACUUUGGAUAACCCUCGUUCUGGACUUGCUAAUUCGGGCAGUGGUGGAAUCCCCAGCGAGUCAAGAGAUGGAGAACCAGGUAGUUCCGUGAACAUUAUCCUGCUAAGAGUACUGCACGAGAUGCAAGCUGAAGAUAAUCUAGUACUAAAGGCGCAUACCUUGUCUAGAUUCGACAACUCAAGCGUUGUGACAAAAGGGGAGGUAACGCUUACUACAUUUGCAGAAGGGGUUAUCAAGGAUACAAAAUUUCAGGCGGUAGAGUUGGAAAUGACUUACAAUAUGAUUCUCGGGAGACCAUGGAUCCACGAGAUGGAUGUCGUUCCGUCUACCUUGCAUCAAGUUAUCAAAUUUCCAUCACCAUGGGGAAUAUGUCAAAUUUGUGGGGAUCAACAAACAUCCAGAUGCAUCAACUCUGUAGCAGAUUCAAAUACGAGAAAUAAAGACAAGUAG